GCCUUAAUCAUCAACUCCCAUUCUCCUUUUUCCUCUCUCAUCUCUGAAUAUCAAUGGCCGACGUUGAGUAUAGGUGUUUCGUCGGUGGUUUGGCAUGGGCCACCACUGACCAGUCUCUUGGCCAGGCCUUCUCUCAGUUCGGCGAAGUCAUCGAAUCGAAGAUCGUCAACGAUCGUGAGACCGGGAGAUCGAGGGGUUUCGGAUUCGUGACAUUCAAGGAUGAGCAGUCGAUGAGGGACGCGAUCGAGGGGUUGAACGGCCAGGAAUUGGACGGCCGCAGCAUCACCGUUAAUGAGGCACAGUCUCGCGGCAGCGGUGGUGGCGGCGGAGGCGGUUUCCGUGGCCCACGCCGUGAUGGCGGAGGCUAUGGUGGUGGUGGUGGUGGCGGCUACGGACGCCGUGAGGGCGGCGGUGGCGGCUACGGAGGCGGUGGCGGUUAUGGAGGAGGUGGCGGCGGUGGAUAUGGCCGUCGUGAGGGCGGUGGUGGUUAUGGCGGCGGCAGCCGUGGCGGUUACGGAGGUGACCGUGGCUCUUCUGAGGGAGAUUGGAGAAAUUAAUCGUGUGCUGGUUAUUUAAAUUGUUACUGGCGUUUGGGUCUUUUAAGUGUUUCGUUGUGGUUUGUUGUUGGUCGUGGUUGGAUGUAUUUUUGACCUCUUAGCUCUUGCUGAUGAUUUUUAAUGUACGUUAGAAUCCAAUGUUUGCAGAUUUCUCUGGAAUGAACUAGAUUGAGGUUUUGACUAA